AUGUCUUUCUCCGGCCGCCGCUUGAGCAUCCUGCGCCCCUCCAACCGCCGCUUCUCGGUCGGCAAGGAGUUGUCUGAGAACGAACUCCGUUCCGAAACCCAUCGUCAGUUCCGUAGCGCCCACGAAGGUCACCGUCCCCAUGCCGGUCUUGAUGCCUCCCGUGCCUCUACUGGUGUUGUCUGGUGUACCGAGCGUGCCACCGAACAUGGUUAUGCUGAGGAUCCCUCCGCCUGGGCCAACCUAGGCCAGGGUGCGCCUGAAGCCGAUGAUGAGAUCGAGGGCAGUUUCCCUCGCCCGACUUCCAUCCCCAUCACCUCCGCCGCCCGUGAGUACGGUCCGACCGCCGGUAUCAAGCCUCUGCGUGCCGCCGUCGCUCGCCUCUACAAUGAGCACUAUCGUCAGGGCAAGGCCAGUCAGUACACUUGGGAGAACGUCUGCAUUGUUCCCGGUGGUCGUGCGGGUCUGAUCCGUAUUGCUGCUAUUCUGGGAAAUUCGUACUUGUCUUUCCCUAUCCCUGAUUACUCGGCCUACUCGGAGAUGUUGUCGCUGUUCAAGAACAUCGCUCCUAUUCCCAUUCCCCUCGCCCAAGACGACCACUACCACAUCCACCCCGAUAAGAUCGCCGAGGAGAUCGCUCGUGGAACGUCUGUGUUGCUGACCUCCAACCCUCGUAACCCUACCGGACACUUUGUCUCCAACCCCGAACUGGCUCAGAUCCAGGACAUCUGCAGAGAUCGUGCGACUCUGAUCCUGGACGAGUUCUACGGCGGCUACAACUACACUACCGACUGUGACGGAACCACGAUCAGUGGUGCCACCAACGUGGAAGAUGUCAACAAAGAUGAUGUGCUUUUGAUUGACGGUCUGACCAAGCGUUUCCGUCUUCCGGGUUGGCGUAUCGCUUGGGUUGUGGGCCCCAAGGAGUUCGUCGAUGCCCUGGGCUCUGCUGGUUCCUACCUGGACGGUGGUGCCAACGCGCCUUUCCAAGAAGCCGCCGUUCCCAUGCUCGAGCCGUCGCUGGUGCGCGCGGAGAUGAAGGCCUUGCAGGUGCACUUCCGCGAGAAGAGAGACUUUGUUGUUGGGCGCCUGCGUGAGAUCGGUUUCCGCAUCGACGACGUGCCCCAGGCCACCUUCUACAUCUGGCUUGACCUGACGUCCCUGGACCCUCCUCUUCCCAAGGAGGCCAACCUGUCCGACGGACUGAACUUCUUCAACGCCCUCUUGACCGAGAAGGUCAUUGUGGUCCCUGGUAUCUUCUUCGACCUUAACCCCGCUCACAGAAGAGAUCUGUUCGACAGCCCUUGCCACCACUUCGUUCGUCUGAGCUACGGCCCGAAGAUGGAUGUUCUGAAGAUGGGUCUGGACGGUAUCGAGCGGGUCAUCCGUAAGGCUCGGGCGCAGUUCGAGCCCAAUUGCUUGCACCUGAAAGCAGCUGGAACUGCUGCGCAAUAUGACGUGCUCGCGGUUAUGGCCAUCAACGUUCAGCGCGUCCUGAACCUGACCGUCUUCACCUUCUUCUCCGUGGUCCUGUUCCUCUGCAUCAUUCUGACUCCGGCCGAUGCGAUCUACCAGUGCUACAUCACGCAGCGCCUCACGAACAUCUUCAUCAUCACCGGCGGCUACGUUGUCACCUUUAUCCUCGCGGUCUUGAUCUACACCACGCGUAUAUAUACCAACCGAACCGUUCUCUCCGGCAUCCCUAAAGCAUGGAUCCCCGUCGAGCGAGAAGACGUUGGCAAGAGUGUGCGCCGACUGGUUAAGGAGGGUCUGGCGCAUAGUGCGAUCAUAGCCUACCAGGCUCGACCCAGAGACAUUGCAGCAGACGGAUAUGAUUUCUCAAGCUAUGAAUCACUCCUGGUGGACUACGACAAUCCGCCUUGGGGUCAGGUCGAGCACCCCGGAUGGUCCUCGCCAUCGUGUCCUGACUUGCCCGACCUACCGUAUCGAACUGUGGUCCAGGAACUGCCUCAUCUCAUUGAGGCCAAGGCCGUGUCACUAGCUCCUCCCGAUCCAAUCUUCACGGCCACUCAGCGGGCGCUUCACGCGCCUUUCCCCGAAACCGAAGAGUCGAUUCCUGACACGCGGGUAGUGGAAGUACUACGCCGGCCGACAUCGAUGGGUCUGCGGGGAUAUUUGCAGCAUCUGACUGCACUGGAUGUGAUUGAUCCGCCGGAAAUUGGGAUGGAAUUUGUCACUCUGUACGAGCGGGCGCGCUUUUCGACGCGUGAGCUACACGAGGCUGAGUUCAGGACUUUGAUGCAUGUGUUUGCGGAGCUCCUGAGGGGGAUGAAGGUUUUGGAUCCCCAGAUCUUGGAUGAGUUGCGGGGUGGGAGUUCCCAGGCUGAGAGUGAGUCUCUUAUCGGGCCCUCGGACGAGGAAGGCGAGACCGAUACGGUGGAUUCCUAUGGAGAUAGUGAAGCUAUGUCGCGGGGCCGGAGUAAUAGUCUGCGGCCUUCAAAUGCGUCCACUUGGGAGGGCGCCAGACAGGGUCGCUGGUCGCCUGUUUGGUCGAGACGCUCGGAGGCGCAGCGAACCCUGGCGCCUCCUCGGACGCCAUCAAUGCGGUCGCUUCGGCGAGUGCAAUCGAAUGUGUCUGGUAGCUCCGGAGGAAGCGUGAUUCGCCUGGUCGAGACCCGGAGUCCGACGGACUUACCGUACGCUUAUAAUGUUGGCAGCAGCAGCCGCGUCGACGGUAGACCUCAAACAUAG